AUAACCUGUACUUGUCAAAGAAACUCGUAAUUUGUAAACAACAAGGGGUGUAUAUAUCUGUAAUAUUUCGAUUUAUUUUUAAUAAAUACUAUCUAGUUUGAUAAUUUAUCUUUAAAAUGGAAAGUUUGGAGUAUUAUAAAUCCCUAAUUACAGAAAAUGAAGUUAUUAACGCUCUUAUUAAAGAAAGUAAAAUGAGAGAAGGAGAAGUAGAAAAAUCGAGAAUUAGACCGAAUCUUCAAUUCUUCCAACGCACAGUUUCAAAUUUGGUUUCCUCUAAUAAUAGAAUUGCAGUAAAUCAAGAGAAGAUUAGGGCGAAAGAAAAGGUGAAAGACAAUAUUUGUAGGCGUCGAAAAGUCGUAAAAAGGAAAAAAAUGCACAUUGAUUACAUUAAGGAAAUUCUAAAUAAUCCAAUAGAGUUUGUGAGAUCCUCAAACGAUAAAUGUACAAGUUUUAGGAAUAGGGAUGAAAAAAUAGUAAUAGCAAGUCCUAGUAGGGAACAAAAUAAAACUAUAUUUGGCAAAAAAAGUCGUAAAAAACUUCAUCAAAAAGAUUCUAAUCGAAGUACUAGUUAUUCUCCAAAACCACAUAAAAAGUACAAUUCUUACAGUAGCAGUAGUUCUAAUUCAAUGUGUUCAUCAAAAUUUGAAAAACAAAGUAAUUCCACAUCAUCUUGUAGUGGUAAUAACGAGACCAAAAGUUUUUCAAAAUCGAAAAAACAGUUUAAUAGAUUAGACAACAGUGUAAUAACUCUAUCUUCCACUAGUAGCGGUUCCGGUACUGAUUCUGAAUCAGAUAAUUGUAUCAUAAUUGAAGACUCAUCUUAGUAAAAUAGCAGUAAGAAAAUAUUUAUUUCUAAUAAAAUAAUUUAUUUUUA